AUGAUUCAUGAAGAUAUUGAGGUUUACGUGGACGACAUGAUUUCCAAAUCCAGAACUGAAGAUGAUCAUUUAGAAAACUUGAGGAAGUUGUUUGCCAGGGUCCGGAAGUUCAAGUUGCAUUUGAAUCCAACAAAAUGCACUUUUGGGGUCCGAUCUGGCAAACUAUUGGGUUUCAUAGUCAGUCAGAAAGGCAUAUUGAUUGUGCUCAAGCUUAUAAGAAUCAAGUUGAGGUGUUCAGAUAAACAUCGAGAAGAUGCGCUAAAAGCAUUGGAAUUUAUUUUAAAGGAUUUGCAACUUGAUUACUACCUUGACCUGUAUCCGACCCACUGGCCAGUGAGCAUGAAAAGGGGGACAAGUGAUUUUAAGGCUGAAAAUCUUGGUCAUCUUGACAUACCAUACACAUGGAAAGCAAUGGAGGCGUUAUAUGACUCUGUAAAGGAUAAAGUUUUUGGAGUGAGCAACUUCUCUACAAAGAAACUUCAAGCUCUAUUGGACAUAGAAACAGUGCCUCCUGCUGCUAAUCAGAUGGAAUUGCAUCCUGGAUGGCAGCAGUCAAAGUUGUAUGUGUUUUGUGCAUCAAAUGGAAUUCAUGUACCUGUAAGAUAUUCUCCUCUAGGCUCACAAAAAGUACUCAAAAGUGACAUUCUGCUGAAUCCAGUUCUCAAAGAGGUUGCAGAGAAAUUAGGGAAGGCACCGAGACAAGUUGCCCUUUGAUGGGGGCUAUAAGCAGGACAUAUCCUACCUAAGAGCACCAAUGAGGCUAGAAUCAAGGAUAAUUUGGAUGUGGUCGAUUGGUCUAUUCCUGAAGAUUUGGUAUUCAAGUUCUCUGAAAUUAAGCAGACAAGUUGUAAGUUAGUUUAAUCUAGCCUUUAUUGUUUUGUUUAUCAAUCGUUGAGAUGGUUUUGAGUUGUGGUUGUCGUUGAGGUUGCCAAAUGAACCUGAAUACCUCGGUAAAAUGCAGUUGAAUCAGUUGCAUUUGCAGUUGCGAUGUCAUUCUAAACAUCUUUAAAACCUUUAUGUUACAAUCAAAAUCGAGAUCACAAUUGAGGUUGUGAACUGUAGGUUAGAACUGUGAUCGGGACUACUUACUUCAUUGUUAUCGGAUCUAACACAAGGAACUUACACUUACACGUGCAUGAUAACUUGCAUUUUUAUGAUAGGCAUGUUCUUGGGGCUUUGACCUGUG